AUGAGUGAUCUUGCUAGUUUGACAAACGAGGCGACGAUAGUCAAUUCCACUGCUUCCCCCUCUCAUUCUAUCUCAAGGUGGUCUGACAAGGGAAUCAAUGGACACCCUGCACUUGUCACUGUUCCAGAAUCGGAACAGGAUAUUCUAGCUGCUAUAAGCUACGCUCGGGAAAAUGCGCUUCAGGUUCUACCAGCUGGCGGCGGUCAUGGCUCAUUUGUUGAAAUAGGAUCCAAGACUUUGUACCUUGAUUUGAAAUAUUUCAAUCAAAUCAAAGUCAACGAGGCUGCUCAAACAGCCAGAGUGGGAGGUGGUGUUGUUACAGGAGAUUUAAUCAAAACCCUCACUGAUAAAGGCUUCUAUACCACGUGGACCAACAGUGAUGCAGUUGGUGUUGUCAGUAGUAUUCUGGGCGGAGGCAACCCGACCAUGUGCGGGCUGCACGGAAUGAUGAUUGAUCAAGUACUCUCUGUCCGCCUGAUUACCGCCAAUGGAAGAAUUCUGGAACUCAGCUCUUCCUCGAUUGGUGAUGAGCUCGCCUUGUUUCAUGCGAUUUGUGGAGCAGGCUUUGGCCUCGGAGUCAUUGCAUCCUUGGAAUUGAAAGUUUUCCCGAUCGAAAACCUUCGCUUGUCCAUGGGAUGUGUCUGGGUCCGCAAGCUCAUAUUUCCCGCGUCGGAGAUUGAGGUAGCAGUCGAUGUCUUUGAUAGGCUCCAGCCUCCAAGCUCGGAAAUGGUCAUAUCGCUGGUCUUCGCAAGAGCACCGCCCACGGCCCCCAACCCAGGUGCGGCCAUGAUCGUUCUAACAGCCACCUAUUACGGUCCACAUGACGAGGCACAAGCGGCCUUGCCGAUCGUGUUUGAAAAAGAGAUCGUAGCCAAAGCUAUCAUCGCCGCUACGGCACCGACGCCACUUUCAAAGAUGAACGAGCCGCUUUCCCACUUUGACGUGCACGGCGGGUUCAAAGAUAUUCAGUCUGCUGCGAUGAAGAAAAUUCAUCCUAAGAGUAUUAUGGACGCCUUCAACAAAUGGCUUGAUUUCACCACGCAGUACCAAGAUGCAAAGCGCACCACCUUGGUUUUUAGCAGUUUCAACACACGAAAGCAAAUCGAGAUCAGCGAGACCCAAGGAGGCAAAUCUCGAUACUUCGAUCAUCGCGAAAGAGGUUUCCAGGCACUGAUCAUCAGCUGGUCCACCACGAAAAGCACCGAGCUAGCUGCGACCAAUUUUGCAAAAGAGAUGAAGAGCUUGUGUCGACAAGAAAGUGUUGCUUUAGAGCCCCCAAGAUCCCUUGUGAACAACAUGACCCCUGACACCAAACUAGAAGAAUUCUUUUCAAAAGAGAGGAUUGAAGAAUACAAGAGAAUAGUUGGGGUUUGGGAUCCUCUGGGCAUUUUCUGGAGACCGUGGGCUUAG